AUGGCUUGUAUUAACAAACAUGAACUAAUAAACUCACGAGUUAAAUAUAAAACGAUACAUAAAAUAAAGGAUGAUUGUUAUGUUUCAGAGCAAGCACAUUUGGUUCCAGACAAUGAAGGGACAUCUAUUUAUUUGAGUUAUGAAUUAAAUAAGACAUUAGAAGCAAUUUUUAGAAAGUAUUCAAUAAAUGGCUACAUGGGGGUCAACGAGUUUAUUCGAAUGUGCUAUGAUUAUAAUUUACUACCUAAGAAGAAAAAUAAGGAAGUUUUGUAUUACAUCUUUAAGACUUCGAAUUCCUCAAAUACAGAAUCCAUAGAAUAUAAAUAUUUUUUCCAAAUAUUGCAAAGACUAAGUAGUUAUUUAUUUCGAAAACUAGUUAUGACCGAGGAGGAAAAGUUCAAUGUGUUGAUAACGCAUUUAACGUCAAUAAAAACUUCUCAAAAAAGUGUACAUGUGGAAAGAUACAAUGCAGGUGUUCAGGUAGAUGUAAGAAGAGAAUGCAAAGAAAUUAGUGCAGUUUGUAAAAUGGUAGAUGCAAGUUGUGAUGCAUUUGUAGAUGUAAAAAGUAUUGGUGUUGCAACUGAUGAAAUCAAAUAUGAAAAUAAUAAAAGAACAGAAUUAUAUGACGAAGAUACAAAAUCUUAUAAUAACACAUUAUUAAAUGAAAGCAACAAUAAUAAAAAAAAUAAUAAUAACAAUAAUAGUUUUAGUGAAAUUAAAUUACAAAGUUCUGAAAAUUUAAAAAUAAAAGAACGAAUAGAUACUGUUGAAAAAACAUAUACUAAUAAAGAUGAGCUUAAUAAAAAAUUGAAAGAAGAAUUAAGUAGCUCCUUAAAAAUCAUUGAAGAAAAAAAUGUAGAAAUUGAAAAUAUUAAUAAAAAUAACUUAAAAGAAUUAGAAAAAAAAGAUGAAAAAAUUGAAGAUUUAAAAAAAAUUAUUGAACAAUUAAAAUCUGAAAAAAAAAAUCCAGAAAAUCAUGAAAAUACAACAAGUAUACAAUCAUCUGAAAAUAAUAUUUCUAGACAAUUAUCUACCCGAGAUAAAUUACAAGAUAUCGAGGUGGACUACCUAAAUUUGAAAAGAAUUGUAGUUUUACCAUGCGAAGAAGAAGCUCAGUUGCUAAAAGUUUUUGCUAUGUAUAGCACAUAUUGUGGAGGAACUGUAGAAUAUGUAAUGAAUAAAAAAUCAUGUGCAAACUUUUUAACAAGAUCUUAUUUACUACGACAUCAUGAAAAAAAUUAUACCAAGGUGAAUUUGGAUAUAAAGAAUGCUGAAAUAUUAUUUAAUAAAGUAAUAUAUAAACGAUGGACGAUAGAACAAAAUGAAAUGUUGGAAGAUGUCUUAACAUACUUUUAUUUCAAAAUACUUUUAAGCGAUAUAGGAAAGUAUUUGUACCCCGAACUUGGAGAGAGAGAAAGCUUUUUAGAAAUCGUUUUAAAUCACAUAUUAGCUGUUAAAAGGCAUGGGCAUUACGCAGAAAGAAAUGAAAAAAAAUCACCCCCAAAAAACACUCCUAAAAUAAAACCAGCAUAUUCCGAUGAUCUCAAUAUGUUUAAGGACAAUAUAGUAGGGGGAUACACAAGUAGUGAAGAGGAACAUACAAAAAAUCAAACAAAUCAGGAUAAAAAAAGAAGUGAAGUUAAUAAUAAUAGAAAAAGUCUUAAGAUGAAAAAAAAGAAAGAAAAAAUCAUUAAUAAUACAGACCAAUCAUUUGAAUAUAUUCUCUCAAAUGAAACGAAAAAAAAAACUGACAAAAUGAAUGGCAAAAAAAAUAAAAAUAAAGACACCAAAAUUAGUGAUAAUAAUAAACAUAUUAAUCAGUUAAAAGGAAAAAUAUUAUACAGAAAUAUGUAUGGUUAUGAUACAAGCAAUGAUGAAAAUAAAUCUUUUUGUUUUAGUACUUAUGAAAAUUUUAAUUUAGCUUUAAAGAAAAACGAUUUUAUUAAACCCACAAAAAUAAAAUCAAAAUUUUUAGAAAAUCCUAUAAAUACAAAAAGAAGCUUUACAAAUAUUAAUACCAAAAAAAAAAAUAAUUUUAAAAGUAAAUUUCCUCUUUAUGAUAUCGAAGGAGAGUUAUGGGAAUUAAAUUCCGAUUCAAAAAAAUGUCUACCUUCAUUUGGUAAAUAUUAA